AUUUUUUUUUCUUUUUCGUAGGAUCCAUCAACGGUGGAAAAUUACAGAAACGGUUUGUUCACUUUCGAUGACGUUUCUGUUGAUUGGAUAAGCAAAGGAUUCAAAUCGUUAAUUGAAGUUUGCUUAGCUUCGCCAGGCUACGAAAAAUAUGGUUUAAAACUGAAGAAAUUCGGCGAUGGAUGCGUUAAGAAAGGGAUCGAAGCUGGAACGAAGAAGUUGAAUGGAUUCAACGUGUUGAAUCACGGCGAUAUGUGGGCGAACAACAUGCUUUUCUCGUACCACGAAAACGGCAAACUCAAAGAUCUGAAAUUCGUGGAUUUCCAACUGGUGAAAUACUCGAGCCCGGCAGUCGAUUUGCACUAUUUCAUCGCUACCAGUCCAGCAAACGAGGUCAGAGACAAAAUCGACCAACUGUUGGACACAUACUACAGCCAACUUCUGUCGACAUUAGCCGCACUGAAAUAUCCCUUGAGUGACGUUCCUACCAUGAAAGAGUUUAAAUGUGACUUCGAGGCGAGGGCGUUUUAUGGUGUUAUGGCUUCAGCAGUUGUCACUCCUCUGGUCAAAGCUUCUCAACGUAAAGACGCGACUUUCGAUGAUUUAGCGCACAACGAAGGACCAGGAAGUUUCCGAGAACAUUGCUACACCAACGAAACUUACAAGAACGUUCUCAAGCACACUCUACCAUUUUACGAUAGUCUCGGCGUGCUCGAUUAGAUCUAAAUUAGUUCAUUAGCAAACAAUUGCAAAGUAUUGUAGAUCAAUUAACGAAGCACUUCGUAUUAAAUGAUAGAAAAGACAGGAAGCAACAAGAAACAAACAAACAAA